CAAAAAUUAAAAUUAUAAUUUUUUUAUAAAAGUAAUGAUUAAAGUAAUACACAUUUUUUGUUUAGAAAUAAAUUAUUAUUUUUAUAUUACAACCAAAGUGAUAUUAAAGAAAAAUGGACGAUAAUCAACUUGAAAGUUUGGCUAUCAAAGAAAUUAUUGAAGAACUCGAACGCGAAAAGCAAAUCGAGUUGGCAAGUCGACAGCCUCAAGAAAGAAAAAUUCGUCCAAAUAGCCGCUUUCUUGGUCGAACAAUAGUUUCUGUGUUGCAACAUAAUAAGCGUCAAAGUGCCGAAGAAAGGAGCAACUCAAAUAGAAAACUUCGUGAACUCAACCGAAGAAGACCAAGAACAAAAUCCAGAUCUAGAUCCAGAUCAAGGAGUAAAGAAAGAAGAACAAUUCGAAGACGAUCACCUCCAGAAUAUAGAAGCAGAAAUGAACAACAAUUCAAUAGCUAUCCCAUUGAAGAGGAAAUUAUUGAACCAUAUCACGAUGGAAUGCAUUUAGAUUUAGCCACAAUUUUCUAUGACAAUUUAAAUCAGUUACUUUUGAAUGAGACUCAAACAGUUCCUAAAAAACAAAAGAGAAAAAAAGAUAAAAAAAAAGUCUUGACGAUAGAUUUGACCAAAAAGAAAAAGAAACAUUCAAAAAAGAAAACAAAGAAAUCUCAUAAAAAGGCGAUGAAAUCAAAGAAAAGAGGAAGAAUGAAAAGCAGAAGCAGAAAACGAAGAAGAUCAUCUUCCUCAUCAUCUUCAUCAUCGUCCUCAUCCUCAUCGACAUCUUUCUCCUCUUCAUCAUCAUCAUCGUCAAGCGAAACCAGCUUGAGUACAAUUUGUGAUAGUGUCAGCGAGAAUUCUGGCAGAGAUGAAAGUGAACUCCUGAUCGAUCUAACAUAAUAAACAUAAUACGGUUAAAUAGUUGAUAAUGUACAUAAUUGUAGGUAUCAAGCCCACCUUAGUAAAUGGUCUAAUUUAAUAUUAAUGUUUAAUGAAGUGCUUUUUCUGUUCGUUUUUUAUCAGAUUUUUCAGGGACGAUUUAAGCUGCCAAAUGUAUGCGGAACACAAAAAAUAGUGAAAACCACAAAAAUUGCUUGAUUUUUAACUGUCUGUGGGUUGGUUCGACCCCACAACGAUCA